UGCCAAAAUACCCACAGUGGGGCAGGCUCUUUUGAAAGGGACGAGAGGUCGGGUAUGACUGGGUCGGAGCUCAACAUCGCAGGAAAAUACCAAUGUAAUCGACUCGAUACCUGCCCCUUGCUUGCUUACCCUCUAUACCACAUUAUGUAGUCGGCUGUCUUUUCGCCGGGACGCAACCCUGACAGAACAUUGUCAUUAUGCUCGAGUCAUACCUGGAACACAAGUAUAAGCAACACAUCGUCCAGAGUCAAGAUUGCAUCCUAUGUUAAAGUCUUCGACAUCGGCUUGCGGUAUCAAAACGACGAUUGACUAGGAUGACGGAUGUAUUUCACGGUGUAUGGGGCUGAUUUGGCAAAUACCGCGGACAAGGUCGUUCUUAUCACAGGAGGGUCUUCAGGCAUUGGAUUGGCUACUGUACAGCUUCUGCUGUCCCUUUCGCCUCGUAAUCGAGUUGCAACUCUGGACCGCACUGCUCCUCCGGCGUCUUUGACUUCGUCCAUUUCUCCAGAUCGACUUUUCUUUCACCAAUUCGAUCUCACAUCCUGGACCGCUCAGGGUGCUGGCUUCAAACCGGCAGUUACAAAAUUCCAACGGGUGGACGCCGGGGUGGCAGGCGCAGGUAUAAAUGAGCGACGGCUUCAAUCCUUUACUGACCAGUUUGACGAUGGCCAACUGCAGGAGCCUGACAACACUGUCAUGCAUGUCACGUUAUCAGCAGUCGCUGAUGCCGUCAAGGCUUGGAAUCCAUCAUAUAAGGUCGAAUGAGAAAGGAGGCACAAUUGUAAUGAUCAGCAGCUUAGCCGGUUACUUGGGAAACGCAGGCGCGCCCUUUUACAACGCUGCUAAAUACGGUGCACCUCAGACUCGCCUUUGAAAACUUUCUAUAUACG